CAUUCAGCAGCCCAAUUAGGACUCACAUCCUUUUUCUAAUAUAUUCUUGAGAGCUGGAUGAUUACUGAGACAGGAAUUUACUCUUGUUUAAAUGAUGGCUGAAGGUAAAUGUGUAUGUGUUAAUUUGUACACACACACACACACACACGUGUGUGUGGGCGUCUCUAUAACAGGUGACGUAUGUUUUUAGUGGUCUUAAUAUCAGCAAGAAAUAAAGUGUGCUGGUGCUGUCCAGAAAGAAGGUCUCUCCUGGCGUUAACAUGCUGUCCACGGUGUUUCUGUCAACACUCCUCAUGAUGGGACGUCUUGGGGGGGCAGCAUCAUCUGACUUGCAGGUCUAUGGGAAAUCAGUCCACAGCGAUAAAUCUUUGAGCACCGAUGAUGGAAGACACACUGUGAGGAAACAGCCACACCAACAGAUAAAGAGUGAAAUCAGCAGGAGUUUGGAUCUCCAGAGCUUUAACGUACAUGUGAACCCCACCACCAGCAAAAUCAGCCUCCCGACCAUCGUGAAGCUGUACCCGCCCACUGCCAAACCUCUCCACCUGCAUGCCAACAUGCCCAUGCGCUUCGGAAGGGACAGCAACGCUGGUGAAGACAGGAUCCCAAAUUCAAAUCCAAACAUGCCCCAGAGGUUUGGAAGGUCUUGGGAAUUGAUCCAACUGUGUGCCACGUGCCCUGGUGUCCAAGCAGCACCGAAGCCAGUGCAGCCUCAGAGGCCUGGGAGGAACCGUCUGUUCUGGAGCCUUCUUACAACUCUGGCCAAUGCACAGCUACUGGACACUGGAUUGCACUGGGCUGAAGAUUUUGACUUUAGAACCAGCUCAGAAGUGAUGGAGAUGCCAGAAAAAACCUUUAAUGGAUGAGGAUACGGGCCACCACUGAGGUCUAUUAAAGCAUGUAAAUAUCAACACAUUGUUUUCAUUGUAAAGACAAAUAUUUAAAGUUAAAAUGUUCAAGAAUAGAUGAGUAAGUUGAAAUAUCUAAAUUUAUGAGUCCCUGUAAGUAAAGUUAUAUUAUUGUGACAGAAAACGUGUCUU